CCUCGACACCCAUGCCGUCGCCGGCAUCCCCAGCAGCAGUACCACCGCCGAAGGCCGCACCCGGAACGGGAAGCCCAUCCAGGUCUCGUUCUGCCUCAGGCGCCCGCCGCAGCCUUCCAGAUUCUUCGUCCACAGCUCCGAUCUGAACCUCUCCGUGCCCACGGACAUCAUCUGCUCGGCGGACGACCUCCUCCUCCUCCGCGUCAACAUGGGGUCCGGCCCCUCGGCCCUGUACGACAAGGACUACGACUACUACGUCUACCGCGCCGACCCCGCCCGCCCGUCGCUCGAGCUGCUGCGCCGCCCGCACCCCUACUUCUACCGCACCGACGUGGGGCUCCUUCCUCGUCCGGGCGGCCACUACACCCUCGCCGCGCUGAAUUUCACCGGCACCGUCCACCGGUUCGAGCUCCACGUGUUCCACUCCGACGCCUCGACCUGGACCAGCAGGGUGCUGUCGGCGGCGGCGGCGCCGCAGGAGGACUUCCCGGUGAGAAUUCCCCCGAGGUGCGGCCGGCUUCUUCUUCACCACACGACCGCCGUGAUCACCAUCGGAGGCGAAGGCGGGACCAUGGGGUGGGUCGACCUCUGGCGCGGCAUCCUGCUCUGCGACGUGCUCGACGCCGAGCCCUCCCUCCGCGGCGUGCCGCUCCCCUUGCCGUUGGUGGAGAUGGGCUACAACAACGGGUUGGGAAUCGACUUGGGCAACCCGGCGCAACGCCGCGGCAUCGCCUUCGUCAGGGGCAAGGGCUGCCUCAACUUCGUCCACUUGGAAAUCACGGAGGAAUGCUUCCCGGAAGUGGAUGAGGAAACGGAAUCGAUUACCGUCCGAGUGGAUGAUUGGGCGCUCACCACAUGGAGCAACAAGAGGAUGAGCAGCUCCCUGGAGGACUGGCACAAGGAAUCCGUGGUGCAAGCUUCCAGCAUCGCAAUCGACCCGGCGAUUUCACGGGUGCUGAUGAAGGACACUGGAUUGCUGCGUGGACCAUCGGAUAAUGACGCUGCAGCGGAGCGGCGAGACCUGCAGAACCUCUCCAUCUAUCAGCCCACUCCCAGCAUCACUGGUGAAAAUGUUGUUUACUUGGUAGCCAGGGAAAAGUUUAGUCACCCAAAGGCAUGGAUUCUUGCUGUUGACAUGAAGAAUGAAGGCAGAGUGCAAUCUGCAGCUUACUUUGGUAUUCGACAAUACUUUGGUCUUGAUGUCAUCUAUUGCCCUAGCAGAAUCUCCAAGUAUAUGAAUCCAGUGAAGUAUGAAAAACCAGCCACUGCCCCAGGAUAGAGGACGAGAGGACGCCGUAGUAGAGAGAGUACAACACCCCGACAGCCUAGACAUGCUCCGGCAAGUAAAAUCGCAAUACGAUAAUUACUACCCACCAGCAUUAAUAUAAGCUAAUAAAGCUCCAUAGUCUCUCUUAAUUUCUCUGUCCUCUCUUUCCUCCUAAAACCAGAGCUCCCAGGGAGCGCCGUUCUCUUCCGUGCUUAUCCCAUUCAAACGCACAGCUUCCUCGGCGCCUGCUUCCGUGUCCAUGAGUAGCAGCGUGGACCUUGUGAAAAUGGAUGGCCGUGGAUGGCUGUGCAGGCGAGCACCGCAGAUCCAGCAGGCCCUUGAGGUUGGGCACUACGAGGGCUCCUGGGAAGAUGAGGCUCGGAAGGCAGCGCAUGGCCAAGCUCCUAGGUCUGAUGGAUCUGGAGGGCAGAAGCGAAGCAUCCCUUCAAGAAAAAAAAAUCAUUUUUCCGAUCCCAUGGUUACUGGCUUUGUUUCCUCCUCGCGACCAUGGGAUUCAUAGUGAAUGGUAGCAAGCGGUGGGGUAAUCCACACGAUUUUUGUCCUCACUCCAUGAAAAAGUGGGAAUUUGAUGUGUUAGUGCGUUCAGCUUCAGAUUGUACAUCACUUAAUCUUUGUUGAAGCAAAUUUUGUGUGAUCA